CGGAGCGGCCGCGGCCAUCCCCGGCUUGAGGGCAGGUGAAGCCUUUUCUUCCACAAUGGCAUCGAGGCUCGUUCCAAAAGUGAAUUCCAAGCAGGGAGGAUCUCCAUGCAAGGAGAAACACGUGCUUCUGCUCAGCCCCGUGGGAAAGAUCGAGAUCUCGGGGUGUGAAACAGGAGUACAUGAAAUAAAACUUCCCAAAAUGAGCGUGCUGCCAGCUGGCAGGGCGGAGUCCUCGGUGAGCUGCGAGGUGUGCGAGGGGGCAGAGGAGAUGCCCGAGCCCCUGCAGCAAUGCACAGCCUGGCUCCGAGCCUACUUCUGUGAGCCAGCCACCACAGCGAGCCUGCCCGUGCCAGCCUUCCACCACCCCCUGCUCCAGAGAGAUUCCUUCACCAGGCAGGUGCUGUGGACGCUGCUGAACGAUGUGAAGUUCGGGGAGGCUGUUUCCUACCAGCAGCUGGCACAUCUGGCUGGCAACAGCCGGGCAGCCAGAGCCGUGGGAGGAGCCAUGAGGAGCAACCCGAUUCCCAUCAUCAUCCCGUGCCACAGGGUGAUCCGUAGCAGUGGGGACAGUGGCAACUACGGUGGGGGACAGCUGCUGAAGGAGUGGCUGCUGUCCCACGAGAAGCUGCAGAAGGAGAAGCUGCAGAAGGAGAAGAAGGAGAAGGAGAAGCUGGCGUGUCCCUAACCAGCCACGGCACACAACCCCUGUACAGCUCCUUGGCUUUGUAGCAAAGCUCUCAGAGCACCCAGCAGAAUUCAGGGGGAAAAAAAAUGGUAAAUAUUUGAGUGACACAGAAAUAUAAUGCAGCAUCCAAAGUGAAAUGUGUGGUGGCACCACUAUAUUAAAGAAGCGGGAUGCGUCCUGGGGGAGGCAGCUCGGCUGCCCUUUCUUGUUUUUACAUUUUACAGCAGAAUGGCUACAGCGAUCCAAGCCUGUUGUGCAUGGAUUUUGUUCCCAUCUCCAGCCCUGUUUUGUUCUAUUUUUAAUGUCCAUUAAAGCAGGGAUAAGGGAGUGGGAGGGACGUGGCAAAUGCGAGGUGGAAGCUUCCCCCUGAGGAGGCGUCUGGCUCAGGGAGGAGUGGCCCAGCCUGGCACGCCGGGCUCUGCCCAGCUCCCCCUCCCCACUUUGGGGCAUCAAAUGGUGUUUUACCUGAACAGGAGGAGUGAGAUCUGUGUAAAAGGCUCCUGUCUUUUUGGACGGGGAGAUGGGAUUUUUUUUUUUUUUUUUUUUUCAAAUUGUAUAUUUUGGAUAAGCAGCUUGAUUAGCCAAAUUCGGCAAAAUGCUGAAAUCUCAUCAUAGUUCCUUCUUUAUCAGCAGCACAUUCUUUUAUAAUUUGAGUUUUCUUUCAGAUUUCUGCGUUUCUCUGUUAUCCAAAGCUUUAUUUCCUGUAGCCUCUCCGUUGGAAGGAUUCAAGAGACAUUAAAGCUAAAUUUUGAGGUGGUUUUAGCAGGGUUCUCUGCGAGUACGAGCCACCAGAAGCUGAAAUUUCCAGUAUGGGAAUCGUAAAUUGUAACAUGGAAAUACUGAUUUUUUUAUGUGUUUUAUCAUAUUUUCAUGGAUGUCUCUUUAGGAAAGGCCAUUGCUACCCCCCAAAAAUUAUUGUGUGGCAAUGCGUUAGUUAAUCCAGGAUUAUUGAUACCUCGGAAUUACUUCAAUAAAAAAACUGCUUUGCAUGUG